AUGGCCGCUGACACGAUCAGAGGCGAUGGGCUCUUCCAGGCACACGCGGCCCUCGCGGCCCUCGUAGAGGACCAAGAACAGUUCGACGAAGCCAGAGAACGACGAUUCAGCCAGUCCCCGCCUUCAUAUCGGUCCAGAUCGGGAACCACAACUCGAACAGACAGCCCAGCGCCUGUAGAUGAGGCGCUGGACAAUUACAAUGCGCGCAGAGACAAGCUCUACUUGGACUGGCUUGCAUCGAAGGCCGCCGAACAGUUCAACGCUCAGAGCCUCGAGGAGAGACGGCGCAUAGAAUCGACAGGCGAGUUUGUGGGGGCCGACAAAAGCGAGUUCGGUGUCGCAGCAGAACGGGUUAGAGAGCGCUGGAUCGAGCAGGGCAUCUGGGACGACAAGUGGUACGAAUCGAACCGCGAGCGAUGGGGUGAGCAUGUCGAUAAUGUACCUCUAUUGGACGCACCAUGGAUGCACGAAGUACCACUUGACGAUGACUCGGACACCGACGACGACUACUCGCCUGCGAAUUUCAAGUUUGGCGCCAAGAGGAAGCGACAAAGGACGGAAGAGGAGACGCGGCAAAAAGCUGAACGGCGCGCUGAACGCCAGCGCCAACGGGAAUUGACGCGCCCUAUCCACCAGUUCAACUACCAAGUUUCGCAAGAGCGCGAGCGGCUGCUGGAGGAGAGAGCACAGGAGACAGGCCACGACGAUCCUAUGAAGCGCUAUCCUCCCGACAUCAACACGCAAGCAUACACGGCAGUCAAAGACAGAUGGGUCAACGGGGGAUUAUGGUUUGAGAAAUGGGGCAUACUGCCGGGGAUGACAUGGCUGCAUGAACAUGACUUCGAGAAAGUGGUUGAAGAAUUGCUGGGUCCCCCUCCGCCUCCCCAGUCUGCCGUUCCUGAGGAAUCCGAUGGUUCGCCAACAGGAUCGCCAUGA